AUGGAGCAAGUGGAAGUGACUAAAACAGAUGUUGAAAGGAAAGUGAACAGAGUCUUGAAGCUCAUCAAGAGGGAAAGCGGGAAAAAGGAGCCGGAACUCGUUGGGCUUGUUGAGGACUUCCACAGACACUACCAGUCACUUUAUGCCCAAUACGAACAUCUUAAACUAGAGUCCAGUGAUAAAGCUCUCAAAGGGAAAGGAGAUGGAAGUUAUCCCUAUUAUUCUUCUGACUCGGAAUCAGAAUAUUACUCCGCUGCGGAUGUAGAAAUCGAAACAGACACUGCAUUUGAUAACAAUAGAAGUUCCCCUAGAUGGGUGUACAACAACAUCAAGGAAGAACUUAAAUGGGCAUAUGGAGAGGAUACGGACCUGAGGCACGAAUUUGCCUCGAGGACCAAAGAGAAAGAAGAUUUAGCUUCGGACCAUAUGGCCGCUUCAAGUAGAACACAAGAAACAGAAACCUUCAGUAAAGAUGAAGUAACUAGCUUGAAAACUGAGCUGGAACCUUUGCAGCACGAGAGAAGAGAUUUGGAAGUUCAGAUUGAUGCUAAGACGGCUGAAAACAAGCAGCGAGGGGAGAAAAAUAAGGCAAUGUAUGUGCAGAUUCCGGAUGAAGGAGAUGAAGUAAGUAAACUCAUGAAGCAAAUCAAAGAUAAUGAAAACAAUCUAAAAUCUAGAAUUAGCGAAUCAAUGGUACAGGUCUGCAAUCUGAAAAAGGAGGUGGACCUUUUACGUGCCCAACAAUUCGAUGCCCGAGGAAGUGUAACAUGUGAAAGCAGUGAAUCAUUUGAUAUGACAAAUGUAAUGAAGCCGGAACACGGUUCCCUUCAUGGACAGAAAACCAAAUUAGAGAUUCUACUCGAGAGGAAAUCCAAGGAAAUAUCCCGGUAUCGGAUUCAAGUGAAAUCCCUGAAAGAGGAAAUAGCUAGAAAGAGUGCGUUUGAGCUGACAAUGGUGGAAGAAAACCGACGGUUACAGGUGCAGGUGAUGCACUUGGAAUCGGAGGUGGAUGCUCUACGCAAACAGAAAACUAAAUCAGUAGACGAGUUUAGGAGUUAUAUUCAUGAAAUCAAUAGAUUGAGCCAGGAAAAUAAUCACCUGAAUUCCAGAAUCCUGGAAUUGGAAGCACUGUUUAAAGAGAGGGGCCUUGAGCUUAGAAGGGUUAAGGAAACAGCUCGGAUGUAUCCCAUGGACAUGGAUAAAAACGCGGAGUUGCAGAUUUCCGAUCAGCAGAGAACGAUGAAAGAAAUAGAGGAAAAUAUAUACAACUCCAAGCUUUUCAAACAAUUGUCUAAAGGAAACAAGCCUAAUUACCAUAUCCUAGAAAGAAAGAUGGAGGAUUUAGCACAAGAGUACUACCAGAAAGUCGACGAUAACAUCACGCUUUUGAGCCUCAGGAUCGCGGUUGCUGAAAAAAUACAUUAUGACAACAAAGAGAGUUACAACAACAUAAAAGAAAGGCUAGAGCAAGAAAACGAAGCACUGAAGCAGAAGCUUGCCACUUGUGAAACAGAGUUAAAUAAGCUUAAGGAUGACGCAGCGGCUCGUUCGAAGUUCAUGGUGAACAAACUACAAAUCCAUGAAAAUCCCGCAACCCGCAUUCUGAAAGCCAUGGGAGAGCUUGUAUCUACUAAGAAAAACCGAAAAGACAAGUUGAAGGGCAAUGUGGAUUUAUUUGUGGCAGAAAUGGAUAAGGAGAACAAUUUGGUCUCGAAUUCAGAAGCCAGAUUGUACGAGGAAGAAGAACAGAAGCCGAAGCUGUUGAAAGCUGUGAGUAUGCUUGAAAAUAGAGUGGUGGAACUGGAGAAGAUCAUCAAAGAAAAAGAUGAGGCAUUGGUGAGCCGUGCAGAAGAGAAGAGGGAAUCCAUAAGGCAGCUCUGCUUGUUGAUAGAGUACCACCGUAGCCGCUGUGACCAUCUUAAGGAGUUGGUCUCGAAGUUGAUUCUAGAAAGUCAAAUUAACAAUCAACAGAUAAUGAUCGAGGAGCAGGGAGAGGCAUAUAAGAAGUUGACCGAGGAAUGCCAACAUGUUGAGUGCUUAUACCAAGAUUGCAAGGAAAAUCUUGAAGUUGCAGAAAGGAAGAUACGAGAAAUGUCGGAAGAAAUUGAAUCUGAAAGUCAGAUGGCAGCUGAUCUGAAGCGAAUGGUCACAGAAAUGAAAAUGCAAGAAAUGGCAGGAGAGCAUGAUAAGAGUGUUCAAUGCAAGGACCAAGCGCUAGCUGAUUUGGAGCAAAUUAUCGAAGACUUGAAGCGGGAUUUAGAAAUGAAAGUAGAUGAGCUCUGUACUUUCACCGAAAAUGUCCGCACAAUUGAAGUUAAGCUCCGUUUGAAGGCAGAAGCCAAGUUCCUGGAAGAACAAAGAAUGCUUGAAGAAAGGAUCACGGCGUUGUCCGACAUAAUUGCUGCUAACAAGGAAGCCUAUCACAGAAUGAUCACCGAUAUCUCAGAGAAUGUGAACAAUACCUUGACCGGAUUUGAAGCUUUCAUCCAGAAAUUCGAACAAGGCUAUAUAGAAAGUACAAGCACUCUGAAAGUUCAGAAAGAACAAGGAUCUAUGUUACGAGAACGAGUCGAGAAGCUACAGAUUAAGGCGAAUAAGGAAGAAGAGGAUAAGGAUAAUCUGUUGAAAACCGCGAAGCAGCUGGAGAAUAAGGUGGAGUUCUUGGAGGGGGCAAUGAAAGAGAAGGAUCAAGGUAUAUUAGGUCUAGGGGAGGAGAAGAGGGAGGCCAUCAGGCAGCUCUGCAUUUGGAUUGAUUAUCACUGCAGCCGCUGUGAUGACCUGAAGGAAAUACUGUUGAAAACGGUCGAGUGCAAAGGGCAGCGUAGAAAAUCUCUCUUGUUUUGUCUUUCUCCCAUGACAAAAAUCUUGGAAACUUUUUCCAAAUCCAACACCUUAUCUUCUUCUACUAUUGCUGAAACUGUUUUGGACGUUCGUCUAACCAAAUCUCAAUUUGAAACUCUCCAUAAGAUACUUGGUACAUCAACUGCCCAUGGAUCCUUGGCUAUUCAAGGUACUGCACUUAAUAUUACUUCUGAAUCUAAUAAUCAAACCUCUUGGAUUCUCGAUUCAGGUGCUUCUGAUCACAUGACAGUGCUAAUCUCAUCCACACCCGAGGACUGUUCUAUACUAGAGGUAUAUUUUGCUUCUCCAUUAUUGGAUCUUUCGAUUGCUACUCCAAGGAGUGUGAAAGAAGCCCUUAAAUCAACCGAAUGGAGGCGUGUUGUAAUGGAAGAAAUGAGUGCUCUCAAAAAUAAUGGAACUUGGGAAAUCUCGGAUCUGCCUGAAGGAAAGAAAACAGUAGGCUGUAAUUGGAUUUUCACCAUACAAUUUAAACCUAAUGGCAGCAUUGAUCGACACAAGGCUCGACUUGUGGUAAAAGGUUUCACCCAAACCUAUGGCCUCGGCUACGAUGAGACGUUAGCUCCCAUUGACAAACUUAAUACUAUACAUGUUCUCAUUUCUCUUGUUGUCAACCUUGAUUGGCCCUUGACUCAAUUAGAUGUAAAAAAUGCAUUCAUCAAUGGGGAUUACUUAAGUGAAGUCAGAAGGCUAAAAGAGUUCUUUAGCACCGAAUUUGAACUUAAAGACUUGGUAAAUCUCAAAUACUUCCUUGGAAUGGAAGUAGCAAGGUCUCGAAUAGGUUUCUUGGUGGUUAGAGUCUCCACAUGCCCCACAAGAUUCUUCAGGCGUUGUUUAGUCCUGUAUGGAGGAGAUUUUUGCGGCAAUUCUGUUUGCUUGGGUAUCUCUCCGUGGGGCUCCUCAACAGUAGCGGAUGUCUGUAUGGAUUGUUUUGGCUCAUCUUGGGUUUAUAACUGGGGGUCUUUCUUGGGCUCAUCUUCCUCAGGCCUCAUGGUGGAUUGGUCAACAUCCUGUGGCGGUGUGUCUUCUGGGAAUGUUGUGACAUCUUUAUAUGUUGGCAAGAUGGAAUCCGGAAAAGCAUGGAGAUCAUUGGCCAACUAA